UCUGUUUCUGGUGGGGCACUAGGCUCGCUGCAAGCGAUGAUAGACUAUUUCCUUAUUUUAAAACCUUCCAAAACCCUUUCCUUUCUCUCAAAUUUCUGGUUUCCGUUGAUGGACUACCGAAUUAACAGAUUUUUCCAGGGAUUGGAAUAAUUCGACUACAAGUUUGGGAGUCCCGGGGAGAGGGGAGUCCGAGAGAAAAGUUUACAUCACUGCGCGACAGGCACUAUAUGGGGAGAGCGUACAGUAUGGUUUCAUUCUCCAUACCAUCUAUGAUUUAUGAAAGGAUUUAGAUAUCUUUAAAACAUAGAAAUUACAGAAUAUACUUCUGAUAAAUGCCAUUUUUAGCGUUACGAUCAAAUUAACAUGUAUGGACACGCAUGAAAAGAGUUUUGCGUAAACCAGUAGAACCAGAUUGCGUGUGAGUUUCGACUGGAGUCGUAUACUACAGUCACUUCCAGGUAAACCAUUAAAUUCCCCAACGUUUCUUCACAUCCUUGUUAAAUAAAAUACAUAUCUAACUAUGGCGGGGAUGAGCAAUGCCCACAUGAAGACCCUGGAGGACCUGACUCUAGACUCGGGCUACGGGGCAGGGGACUCCUGCAAGUCCCUGAGCCUCUCGUCCUCCAAGUCCAACUCACAGCCGUUCAUGACGGCUCCGCAUCGGGGCAACUGGUGGUACUACUCCGGCUCCAUGAACAGUCGCAACAACAGCUGGGACACGGUCAACACGGUGCUGCCCGAGGAUCCCGAGGACAUCUUCUCCAAGUGUCCCCGUUUACCGGAGCUCGAGGAGUUCCCUUGGACCGAAGACGAGGUGGGAAAGAUACUGCGUAAAGUAGCCGGGAACGUUACCGGUGCCAAAGCGUUUCCGGUGCCGACAUUAUCCAAUGAGGCAGUCCGGAGGCUGUCCACGCUCCUUCGCCGAGCCCUCAUCCGCAUUUCGAGAGAGGCUCAGCGGCUGAGCGUCAUGCACUGCCGUUGCACUCGCUUCGAGGUGCAGAGCGCCAUGAGGCUGGUGCUGAGCUGGGCUCUGGCCGAACACUGCAUAUCGGCCACGGUCAAGGCCAUCUCCAUGUACAGUAUGAGCGCCGGGGAGCUCCUGAGGAAGGGCAAAUCUGCCCGUUGCGGCCUCACCUUCUCCGUGGGAAGGUUCUUUCGAUGGAUGGUGGACACCCGCAUCUCGGUGCGCAUCCACGAGUAUGCGGCUAUCUGUCUUACCGCCUGCAUGGAGGCGCUGGUGGAGGAGGCCGGCUCCCGGGUAAUGAUGGCCGAGCGAGGGCACUCCAGGGUGGACACGGUGUCAGGCUGUGCCCCGGUGUCGGUCGAAGCUCUGGAGGGGGUGGUGAACAAUGACGCGGAGCUGUGGGGGGUCCUGCAGCACUAUGAGCAUCUAAUCUGCGGCAAGAACGCCAAUGGGGUGCUGUCCCUCCCGGCCCACUUCAGUCCUUACACGGAGGGCCAGGUUCAGCAGGGACAGGGCCAGGCUGGGGUGGAGAGCAGAGAGGACGCCUACGCCCAUCUGGAGCUCCGCACCCUGGAACAGUCCCUCCUGGCCACCUGCGUUGGCAGCAUCUCCGAGCUCAGUGACCUGGUGUCCAGAGCCAUGCACCACAUGCAGCGGUUGAGCUCUGUACGCCCGGGGCUCAGCCCGGCCCGCCACACCCGGCCCCAACAGAUUGUCUCCUGGUUGCCCGACGCCCUACACACCCUCUACUACUUCCUCCGCUGCCCACAGAUGGAGUCCAUGGAGAACCCCAACUUAGACCCACCCAGGAUGGCCCUCAGCAAGGAGAGGCCCUUCCUGCUGCUGCCGCCCCUGAUGGAGUGGAUGCGAGUGGCUAUUGUGCACGCUGAGCACCGCCGCAGCCUAUUGGUGGACAGCGAUGAUGUCAGACAGACCGCCAGACAGCUCCUCCCAGGCCUGGACUGUGAACCCAGACAGCUGAAGCCUGAGUGUUGUUUUAGUUCUUUCAGGCGUCUGGACUCCAAGGCAGCCACUGAUAAGUUUCACUUGGACCUGGGCUUCCGCAUGCUCAACUGUGGACGCACCGACCUGAUUGGCCAGGCCAUCGACCUGCUGGGGCCUGACGGAGUAAACAGCAUGGAUGACCAGGGUAUGACCCCUCUAAUGUAUGCGUGCUCAGCGGGAGAUGAAGCUCUGGUCCAGAUGUUGAUUGAUGCCGGGGCCAACCUAGACGUGGCGGUGCCUGCCUGUUCUUCCAAGCAACCCUCUGUCCACCCAGACAGUCGCCACUGGGCGGCUCUUACCUUCGCUGUGCUGCACGGUCACAUCUCUGUGGUGCAGCUCCUGUUGGAUGCAGGGGCUAACGUGGAAGGGGCAGCCGUCCGAAACGGGCAGGAGAGCACAGCAGACACCCCUCUCCAGCUGGCAUCUGCAGCAGGGAACUAUGAGAUGGUGAGCCUGCUCCUCACCAGGGGGGCAGACCCUCUGUCCAAGACCCGUGACGGCAACGCUUUGACAUCAUCACUCUAUGAGGACAUGAACUGCUUCAGUCACGCCGCAGCGCACGGACACAGGAACGUGUUGCGCAAACUGCUCACCCAGCCCCAGCAGGUCAAAGAGGACGUCCUCUCCCUCGAAGAGAUCCUAGCCGAAGGGGUGGAAGGGGAGGACGCCUGCCCUCUCCCCAGCCUGCCUCCUCCAUCCCCUGGGUGCCUGUCUGAGGGGGGCAUCCCGCGGCUGUGCAAGGCCAGGAUGAAGGCCCUUCAGGAGGCUAGCUACUACAGCGCCGAGCACGGCUACCUGGAUGUCACCAUGGAGCUACGGGCACUGGGUGUCCCAUGGAAGCUGCACGUGUGGCUGGAGUCUCUGCGAGUGGCCCAGCAGCAGUCUAGGGCCUCGGUCACUCUGUCCCUCCUUCGAGAGUUCACCUCCAUCAGGGAGGAAGACUACUGCCACGAGCUAGUCUCUCUGGGCCUACCCCUCAUGUUCACCAUCCUACGAACCACCAAGAACGAUGCCAUCACCCAGCAGCUUGCAGCCAUCUUUAGCCACUGCUUCGGCCCGGCUCCACUACCGGCCAUUCCGGAGAUGAAGGCCACCCUCUCAGCGCAGCUGGACCCCCAUUUUCUGAAUAACACGGAGAUGUCAGAUGUGACGUUUUUGGUGGAGGGGAAGCCUUUCUACGCCCACAAAGUCCUGCUGAUCACUGCUUCAGACAGGUUCAAGUCUCUGCUGGCCUCAUCAGGACCAGACGGAACUAAAGAUAUUGAGAUCAGUGACGUCAAGUACAACGUCUUCCAGAUGAUGAUGUCAUACCUGUACUGCGGAGGGACAGAGUCACUGAAGACCAACGUGUCUGACUUGUUGGAGCUGCUCUCAGCGGCCAGCGUCUUCCAGUUGGGGGCCCUACAGAGACACUGUGAGAUCAUCUGUUCCCAGAGCAUCGAUCUUGAAAAUGCUGUCAGCAUCUACAGGACGGCCAAGGCCCACGGUGCGUCAGUGCUGAGUUCGUUCUGCGAGGGCUUCUUCCUGCAGCACAUGGCAGGGCUCCUGGAGAGAGAGGCCUUCCGGUCCCUGCUCCUGGGGCCUCUGGGGGCCCGCUGGGUGACGGAGAUGGGCUCGGGGCCUAAAAUGGUGCCUCCUAGGGGAGACUCGCCACUGGAGGAACUCGAGACGACCCUGGCUCGCCGGCUACGCUCUCUCUACAUCACCUCCCGUGUCUGACGAAGAAAGGAGAAGGAUGGAAUGCAGAGGAGGAGAGUAUGCGACCGGUGCACACUCUCUUCCUCCUGGGAGGAGGACGUCACGAGUGCCCUUAGAUACAGAUUUAGGAUCAGAUUGCCAUCCCGCGAUCCCAACCGGAACCAUUAGAGUGGAAAACCACUGAAACUGACCUUAGCUCAGCAUCUUAAGGGCAUCGUCACCCUUAAUCAUUAUUUCUCGAUGGAGGGUAAGACGAGGAUGAACGAGAUGAGGCUGGAUAGAGAGUGGGUGUGAGGGGUACAGGAGGGAUACCGUGACGGCCUGUUCCCAAAUUUGACUCUUGGACAAUUUAUUUUUGCUACACGGACUAUUCAGUUUUUGACCUGAAGUACUCACCUCUAGCUGUCUAUCACAGUAGCUAUAUAUACGCAGUGGAAGAGUGGACAGAAUGGUCUAUCCGUCUGUCUGUCUGUUUGUCACCAAGGCUCUGGAAGCUUGUGUACAGAGACGGACAAGACAGUGAGAACUUUUAACAUUUAGGAUUUCUAGAACACUGCUGCCGCCCAGUGGACAAAGCCCGUAAAGGCCUCAGAUUAUAGAAAUAGAGUGACGAGAUUAUGUUUCUAUGCCUCAAAUAAAGGUUAAAAGGUUCUGAUGGAAUAUAGAAAGUCUGGAACGUUAUUUUCAUGGACCACUGAUAUGAAGGGGCUGGAGUUUUCUCUUUUCCUUCAGCCACCUUCAGAAUGGUGAAGACUGUGAGAGAAGAGGUGGAUUUGAGAGCCCCCUCAGUGGAUUGAAAGAAGUUGGUUUUACUAAGUGUAUUUUCUUUAUACAUAGUCGUCCUAUUAUUUUUCUUUCUUUUUUGACAGAGUGAAGAGGAAAGAAAAAACUUACUAAAGAAUGGAAUGGACAUUUUCUAUUUAAAGAAAAAAAGAUGAGAGUAUUUAACAGGGAGUUCCCUUUUUUAUUGUGUUUUAAUAAUUGUAGGCAAAUUAUUAUUAUUAAUGUAAGAUAAAGCUUUGCGUAGCUGGACAAUUCCAGGCCUAGUACACACUAACCAUUACAGUUGAAGUCAGACGUUUACAUACACUAAUGUUGGAGUCAUUAAAACUCGUUUUUCAACCACGCCACACAUUUCUUGUUAACAAACUAUAGUUUUAGCAAGUCGGUUAGGACAUCUACUUUGUGCAUGACACAAGUAAUUUUUCCAACAAUUGUUUACAGACAGAUUAUUUCACUUAUAAUUCACUGCAUCACAAUUCCAGUGGGUCAGAAGUUUAUAUACCCUAAGUUGACUGUGCCUUUAAACAGCUUGGAAAAUUCCAGAAAAUGGUGUCAUGGCUUUAGAAGCUUCUGAAAGGCUAUUUGACAUCAUUCGAGUCAAUUGGAGGUGUACCUGUGGAUGUAUUUCAAGGCCUAGCUUCAAACUCAGUGCCUCUUUGCUUGACAUCAUGGGAAAAUCAAAAGAAAUCAGCCAAAACCUCAGAAAAUAAAUUGUAGACCUCCACAAGUCUGGUUCAUCCUUGGGAGCAAUUUCCAAACGCCUGUAGGUACCUUGUUCAUCUGUACAAACAAUAGUACGCAAAUAUAAACACCAUAGGACCACGCAGCCGUCAUAACGCUCAGGAAGGAGACGCGUUCUGUCUCUUAGAGAUGAACAUACUUUGGUGUGAAAAGUACAAAUCAAUCCCAGAACAACAGCAAAGGACCUUGUGAAGAUGCUGGAGGAAACAGGUACAAAAGUUUCUAUAUCCACAGUAAAAUGAGUCCUAUAUCGACAUAAUCUGAAAGGCUGCUCAGCAAGGAAGAAGCCACUGCUCCAAAACCGCCAUAAAAAAACAGGCUACGGUUUGAAACUGCAUAUGGGGACAAAGAUCGUACUUUUUGGAGAAAUGUCCUCUGGUCUGAUAAAACAAAAAUAGAAUUGUUUCGCCAUAAUGACCAUCAUUAUGUUUGGAGGAAGAAGUGGAAGGCUUGCAAGCCAAAGAACACCAUCCCAACCGUGAAGCACGGGGGUGGCAGCAUCAUGUUGUGGGGGUGCUUUGCUGCAGGAGGGACUGGUGCACUUCACAAAAUAGAUGGCAUCAUGAGGAAAGGAAAAUUAUGUGGAUAUAUUGAAGCAACAUCUCUACACAUCACUCAGGAAGUUAAAGCUUGGUCACAAAUGGGUCUUCCAAAUGGACAAUGACCCCAAGAAUACUUCCAAAGUUGUGGCAAAAUGGCUUAAGGACAACAAAAUCAAGGUAUUGGAGUGGCCAUCACAAGGCCCUGACCUCAAUCCUAUGGAAAAUUUGUGGGCAGAACUGAAAAAGCGUGUGCGAGCAAGGAGGCCAACAAACCUGACUCAGUUACACCAGCUCUGUCAGGAGGAAUGGGCCAAAAUUCACCCAACUUAUUGUGGGAAGCUUCUGGAAGACUACCCGAAAAUGUUUGACCCAAGUUAAACAAUAUAAAGGCAAUGCCACCAAAUACUAAUUGAGUGUAUGUAAACUUCUGACCCACUGGGAAUGUGAUGAAAGAAAUAAAUCAUUCUCGAUACUAUUAUUCUGACUUUUCACAUUCUUAAAAUAAAGUGGUGAUCCUAACUCACCUAAAAUAGGAAAUGUUUUACUAGGAUUGAAUGUCAGGAAUUGUGAAAACUGAGUUUAAAUGUAUUUGGCUAAGGUGUAUGUAAACUUCCGACUUCAACUGUAAGUAAACUGGGUCAUGUUCAUUCGGUAACAAAUGGAAGAAACCAGACUGAAACAGGUAGGGACCUAAGAAAUGCAAACGUUUUGUUUUACAUUGCUAAUGGACAAAACCCUGGCAAGGUACAAUAAUAUCAUUUCACACUAUUGUGCUGACCUGAACCACACUGUGCUGGCCCAGGAUAUGUUAUAAUUCUCAUUUUCAGCACGGUUCCAGAAACUAUGGUGGAUGAGGAACCAGGCAAGUGCAGUGCAGCUUGGCUUGGUUAGUCACAGUAGUAUGAAUAGGAUAUAACAGUAGCCAACAUGGGAUUUGGAACUGCAACCUCCUACCCAAACUCUGCUUUACUGCUCAAUACUGUAAUAAAUACUGUAAUAAAGCAUCAAGCCUGGCAAGCAA